GUGUGCUAACUGUUGUGAAAGCACAUCGACGCAGAAAGCCGCGAGCAGGACGCUAAUAAGUCAGUCUUAUUAUUUCUUCUCCAGUUUGAAAUAUUGACGUCGUAUAAAAUACAUAUUUGAUUCUUUAUGUAAGGACAAAGUCGUCUCGAAGCGCUAGAAGCACUGUGCCGCUUUUCGUGCUGUCUUUGCUUGUUAGUUAGCUUAGCUCGCUAGUUAGCUUAGCUUGUUAGCUGCUAACAGAAGACACAGAAGUUAUCAACACAUCGCUAAGUAGAGAUCAAGUGUGAGAGUAAAGUGUUGUGAUUGUGUGAAAAUGUCUACAUUACAAAUGUUGAGAGCGUUGGUGGAUCAGCGACUAACUGCUGCCGUUGAAGAAAUAUUUGUAGUGUUCGAAAGAACGAUAGCAGAAUACGAGGCGGAACUUUCUAGAACAAAAGAGGAUUACAAACAACUACUGGACGCUGUUGUCAAGAAACAUCAAGUUGUUUUACACACAACAGACAUCGAUGAAGAACAUCUUCCUCAUGAGCAGGAGGAGGAACCACAUUCCUCCAACAUACACGAGGAAGAAGAGGUACCACAUUCCCAACACAUCAAAGGGGGAGGACAGGAGCCAAAGCCCCCCCACAUUAAAGAGGAAGACAAGACACCACAGACCCGUAGUGUUAAACUGACCCUUCACAUUAAAGGUCAAGCGGAGGACCCACUGAUCUUACACAUCAAAAAGGAAGAGGAGGACCCACUGACCCCCUACUUUAAAGAGGAAGAGGAGGAGCAAGAGGCGGUGCACAUUAAAGAGGAAGAGGAGGAAGAGGGGAUCAGUCAGCCUAAAUGGUUGGAGGAGUUCCCAGUGAGUGUGAAGAGUGAAGAUGAUGAAAGUGAGGAGAGGGGAGGGGCGGAGCCUCCAAGCAGCAGCUCAACACAACACAUGACAACAGAAGCUGAUGGAGACCACUGUGGAGGAUCACAAGCAGACAAGCUCUUAGCUCCACUAUCAGAUAGUGAGGACACAACCUCACACUCUCCUCACACUGAUGAUGAUGCAACAUUAUCAGAUAGUGAGGACACAACCUCACACUCUCCUGACACUGAUGAUGAUGAUGCAACAUUAUCAGAUAGUGAGGACACAACCUCACACUCUCCUGACACUGAUGAUGAUGAUGCAACAUGUCACACUGACAACACUCACUUCACAUGUUCUACCUGUCACAAAACGUUUAAAUACCGUUGUCGUCUGAAAGCACACAUGAGAACACACACCGGAGAAAAAGCUUUUAUCUGCUCAAUAUGUGACAAAGGUUUUGGACAACGUCAAAAUUUGGAAAGACACAUGAGAAUACACACCGGAGAAAAACCUUUCAUCUGUUCAAUAUGUGGUAAAGGUUUUACAGAAAGUCAGAAAUUGAAAAGACACAUGAGAACACACACUGGUGAAAAACCUUUUUGUUGUUCAAUCUGUGGUAAAGGUUUUACACGAGGUCAAAAUAUGAAAGUACACACUAGAACACACACUGGUGAAAAAUCACAUUCCUGUUCAAUCUGCAACAGAAGCUUUUGUGACCGAUCAAACCUUGUAGCACACAUGAGAACACACACUGGUGAAAAACCUUUUUCCUGUUCAACCUGUGGUAAAGGUUUUACAAGAAGUACAGAUGUGAAAAGACACAAGAGAACACACACCGGUGAAAAAUCACAUUCCUGUUCAAUCUGCAACAGAAGCUUUGCUGAACGAUCAAAACUUGUAAGACACAUGAGAAGACACACAGAAGAGAAAGUGUUGAGUUGCAGUGUGUGUGGUGAAAGAUUGUCUUCUAAGUACCAGUGUAAGAAACACAAGUGUGCUGGUGAGAACAGCAGCAGCAAAUGAAACUGCAGGAUUUGAAAUAAACUGUCCAGACUUUCAUUUGGACUUUCUAACAACAUCAGCACAUAUAACAUGUGUCAGACUGUACCUGCUGGAUGAGGUCACCUGUCUGCCAGCUUAUCUGCAGACAGCAGUUGGGGAAAGUCCAGAGGAUCCUGCCUGCAACAUAAGAAGAGGAGCACAAGGGUGUAAAUAAAUAUAUAUUCACAAGUAUUAAUAGUUGAGUCUUUUUAGUAUUUAUAUUCUUUUGAUAUUUUCCAGCAUAAAAGUGUUCUACAUCGUUGCCAAUAAAAGCUUCUGUUACCUGUA